ACUAAAGCCUUUCAUAGAGAAAAGUAGAGAGAGAUUUCUCUGCUCUAUGAGACCCAUUUUCUGUUUUUCUUUUUCCUGGGUGUUUGAUGCAUAUUGAAGCAAUUGAGAAAACGGUAGAAUAUUUGUAUACAUAUUAUUAGUGAAUUCGGUUUAGACAAGACGACGAGGCCCUACCAGCAAUAUCUUUCGAAAAUCACUGUUUGGAUCACUUCCUUCUUACGUUUGGGGAACUGUGGGAGCUAUUUUUUUCAUUUCUUUCGGAAGAAUUCUCAUCUGAAUUAUGCAUUAUUCAUCGUUAAAUCUCAUCUAAACUGAAUUUACUUACAACAAUUGGAGGAAGUGAAUUGCCAUUAGAGGCGAAUAAUUUGAAGUUAGUUUUACAGAAGAUUUGCCAGUUGUUAAUGCGCCUCCAAUUUUCGUUGGAGGCGGAUCUGCACUUUAAAGAGAUUUGGAUACAGAAUUUUCCAGAUUUACGCAACGACUUAAUCAGCGAAAUUCGGUUGAAUUGUGUGUAAUUACUUGAUCUGGCGAAUACACAAUUCAAGUGUGUGGAUGGAGCUGCCUCAGCCCAGACCUUUUGGAACAGAAGGGAGGAAGACGACUCAUGACUUUCUUUCACUGUAUUCACCUGUUCAACAAGAUCCAAGACCUCCCCAAGCAGGUGGCUACCUGAAGACUCAUGACUUCUUGCAACCACUGGAGCAAGCAGAGAAGACAUUAAGGGAAGAAGAAACCAAUGUUGAAGUAGCAACUGUGGAGAAGCCUCCGCCACCAGUAGCUGCUACUCCUUCAGGGGAGCAUAUUCUUCCUGGUGGCAUAGGCACCUUCAGUAUUUCUUAUUUGCACCAAAGGAUACCAAAACCAGAGGCAAGCUUGUUCUCUGUAGCACAAGCAAGUAGUACCGACAGAAAUGAUGAAAAUUCAAACUGUAGUUCUUUCACAGGGAGUGGUUUCACACUGUGGGAUGAAUCUGCAGUCAAGAAGGGAAAGACAGGGAAGGAGAAUUCUGGGGGUGAUCGACACGUCCUAAGAGAAGGAGGUGUGAACACUGGAGGUGUUCAGCCAACGACAUCAUUAGAGUGGCAGUCACAAUCAUCUUCAAAUCAUAAGCACAACACUACGGCCUUAAGUUCGCUCUCAUCUGCUCAUCAAUCAUCGCCCCUUAAGAGCCAAAGUUUCUUGCAUAUGAUAACAUCAGCAAAGAGUGCACAAGAUGACGAUGAUGAUGAUGAAGAUUUUGUGAUUAAGAAAGAACCACAGUCGCACCUUAGAGGUAGUUUAUCUGUAAAGGUUGAUGGAAAAGGCAACGAUCAAAAGCCAAGCACCCCACGUUCAAAACAUUCAGCAACAGAGCAACGGAGAAGAAGCAAGAUCAAUGACAGAUUUCAGAUGUUGAGGGGAAUCAUCCCUAAUAGUGAUCAGAAAAGAGAUAAAGCGUCUUUCUUACUGGAGGUUAUUGAAUAUAUUCAUUUUCUACAAGAGAAAGUGCACAAGUAUGAGGAAUCAUACCAAGGCUGGGACAAUGAACCUCCGAAGUUGCCAUUGAGCAAGUGCCAUAGGACGACUCAUGGCGUUAGCAAUCUUCCUCAACGCAUUAUCAAUGCAUCCAGUGCUUCACUGACGUAUGCUGGAAAGUUUGAUGAGAGCAUAAUGGGGAUUUCUUCUGCUAAUCCUAUCAAUGUGCAAAAACUGGAACCAAACAUAAGCAGCACAGGUUUAAAAGAUAAAGGUCAGCAGCCUGGUUUAACAAAUAAGCCGACAACAGUUCCUAUGCACCCAAACACGUUUUCAUUUUCUGGGACUAGUAGCACGGCAGCGCUUUAUUCAUCAAAGCUGAUAGCUGAUACUGAUAAGUUGGAGUCAAAGUCUCAUUCUCAAUUUUCACUUAGCAGAUCGCAUAUGACUGAUUAUGCUAUUCCAAAUGCUAAUCCAGAAAGGCUGGAGCUGCCUAUAGAAAGUGGUACCAUCAGCAUCUCUAGUGCCUAUUCUCAAGGGCUAUUGAACACCUUGACACAAGCGCUGCAUAGUUCUGGAGUAGAUUUGACCCAAGCCAAUAUCUCUGUGCAAAUUGAUCUUGGAAAGAGAGCAAAUGGGAGAGUAAAUUCAUCAGCUUCCACUGUUAAGGGUGACAACGUUUCAACAAGCAAUCAACCAAUUCCAAAAUCUAGAGUUACAACCACAAGGGAGGAGCCUGAUCACGCCUUCAAAAGGCGGAAAACAAGCUAAUGCUAAUUUGAAACACUAGUGUUCUUUCUUCUUUUUUUUCCAUUGGUUAAAUUUAAUUGUUUUCCUCUUUCCCUUCCCCUUCUCAACCAAUAUCGAUGUCCACACCUGAUACAGAAAAUCUCCCAAAUGAGAGAUCACAAGCCACUGUAUAUGUAAUGAACUAGUACUACUACUAUUUUUCUGCCCCUUCAAAUUGUUGGGCUGCACAAAUUUACCUGACUAGAGUGUGAUAUUUUAUUACUUGGUAGUAAACUACUGUAUUAAUUUAUUACUAAGGCUUUCAAUGAUGAUGAUGAGACAGCUGCAUUGUCAAGUUAA